AUGUGUAGUUUAGUUGCAGUUUCGAUUCACAUCGGAUUGCCUUGCCCAGGCAGCGCAUCAAUCAUCCAUCACGCACGAAAGGCCGAAAGACAACGACCUAGCCUCGCAGUAAACCUGAAUGGCAAACGCCCCAUGCCACGCAUGCGAUUGGCCACUUCUUGUUAA